AGAUCAUUUACAAGCUGCUGGGCAUUUGUGUAUCUUGAAGGACACCUCUGAUUAUGAAUCCCCGUUGGCAAUUUCAAAACUUAUCUCUUCAGAGAAGUUGGAGGCAGCUCUGGGUAUCCAUCUUUUUAAAGCUGGAAGGCUUCUUCAAGGAAGUCCCGUUCCUUUUGGAAUUAUCUUUGGAGGCACGGAUGUUAAUGAAGAUCCCAAAAGUGAGGAGAAGUUCCAAAUUAUGGAAAAGGUGUUGGAUGAAGCCAGGUUUGCUGUGUCCUUCACCGAAGCCAUGAAAGAAGCAGCUGCAACGUAUUGGGUAGGGAUCGUGAGCCUUCCAAAUAGGCAGCAUAACUGGGCUGAAUUUCUGCAGAGGGCAGGUAAGAAUGCAUACAAGCGUGAAAUGUCCCAGAAUUUUUAUACCUCAGUUAUCUGCGAGGCCUCCGUUCUACCAGAUGUGAGCCCUGUCUUUUCUGUGUUACAGGCAAUGGAUUUAAAUGUCCUCGUGCUGGCAAGGGAUAUUCCAGGAAACGCUGCCGUAAUUGCACACCAAACAACUGGAUUAUUAUAUACGACCCCAAAGGAAUUUGUCCAGCUGGCCAAAACUUUGAUGAAAGACCCAGUUUUGUACAGAGAGAUUGUAAGAAAGGCCCAUGAAUAUGUCCUGAAAUACCAUUCAUGGGAGAAAGAAAGGAAGGUCUAUCAGAACCUUGUUUUGAGACUUCAUGAAUGUUCUUGUACCAAUCAACCAUGAGUGGUCAACCAGGUUUUUUUCAAUCUUAAUGCUCUGAUUUGUCUUCAUUAAUGUUAUUACCGUUGGGAUUUUGUAGGGUUUUGUACCAGUAGUAGACUUCUACAGCCUGGCAGCCCUCCAGGAGCAUAGGAUUUAUGUUCCCAUAAUCCCCUACCAGUCAUUACCAAAGGACUAUAGGAACUGAACUCAAACACAUUACAGAACCCCAAGAUGAAAAAAGAAAUCCUAAAUAUGCAAUCAAUCUACCAUUUAUUGUUGACUGGAAACAGAUUUUUAUAGAUUUUUUUGCAUGAAGCAUAAGAAAUUGAAUUUAUGAUUUGUGGUUGGGAUGAUCAGAAGGAAUAGAUUAUAGUUAUGCUGUAGCUCGUAGAGCAAUGUGUAAAUUUAGAAUUGUUUUUAUAACUGAUGUAAUAAAGAAAAUUGGAAAUUAUUUCUAUAUAUUUUUGUUCUCUUUGCUUUUCCACUUUUGUUUCUUUG